AUGGCGCUGGUGGCAGUACCAUCGAGCGAAAUGGCUCUGGUGGCGGUACUAUCGAGCGAAAUGACUCUGGUGGCAGUACCAUCGAGUGCAAUGGCUCUGGUGGCCGGACCAACGAGCGAAAUGGCGCUGGUGGCAGUACCAUCGAGCGAAAUGGCUCUGGUGGCGGUACUAUCGAGCGAAAUGACUCUGGUGGCAGUACCAUCGAGUGCAAUGGCUCUGGUGGCGGAAACAACGAGCGAAAUGGCUCUGGUGGCAGUACCAUCGAGUGCAAUGGCUCUGGUGGCGGAAACAACGAGCGAAAUGGCUCUGGUGGCAGUACCAUCGAGUGCAAUGGCUCUGGUGGCGGAAACAACGAGCGAAAUGGCUCUGGUGGCAGUACCAUCGAGUGCAAUGGCUCUGGUGGCGGAAACAACGAGCGAAAUGGCUCUGGUGGCACGACCAACGAGCGAAAUGGCUCUGGUAGUGGAAACAACGAGCGAAAUGGCUCUGGUAGUGGAAACAACGAGCAAAAUGGCUCUGGUGGCGAGACCAACGAGCGAAAUGGCUCUGGUGGCGGAAACAACGAGCGAAAUUGCUCUGGUGGCAGUACCAUCGAGUGCAAUGGCUCUGGUGGCGGAAACAACGAGCGAAAUGGCUCUGGUGGCAGUACCAUCGAGUGCAAUGGCUCUGGUGGCGGAAAAAACGAGCGAAAUGGCUCUGGUGGCAGUACCAUCGAGUGCAAUGGCUCUGGUGGCGGAAACAACGAGCGAAAUGGCUCUGGUGGCAGUACCAUCGAGUGCAAUGGCUCUGGUGGCGGAAACAACGAGCGAAAUGGCUCUGGUGGCAGUACCAUCGAGUGCAAUGGCUCUGGUGGCGGAAACAACGAGCGAAAUGGCUCUGGUGGCAGUACCAUCGAGUACAAUGGCUCUGGUGGCGGGACCAACGAGCGAAAUGGCUCUGGUGGCGGAAACAACGAGCAAAAUGGCUCUGGUGGCAGUACCAUCGAGUGCAAUGGCUCUGGUGGCGGAAACAACGAGCGAAAUGGCUCUGGUGGCGAGACCAACGAGCGAAAUGGCUCUGGUGGCGGAAACAACGAGCGAAAUUGCUCUGGUGGCAGUACCAUCGAGUGCAAUGGCUCUGGUGGCGGAAACAACGAGCGAAAUGGCUCUGGUGGCAGUACCAUCGAGUGCAAUGGCUCUGGUGGCGGAAACAACGAGCGAAAUGGCUCUGGUGGCAGUACCAUCGAGUGCAAUGGCUCUGGUGGCGGAAACAACGAGCGAAAUGGCUCUGGUGGCAGUACCAUCGAGUGCAAUGGCUCUGGUGGCGGAAACAACGAGCGAAAUGGCUCUGGUGGCGCAAACAACGAGCGAAAUGGCUCUGGUGGCAGUACCAUCGAGUGCAAUGGCUCUGGUGGCGGAAACAACGAGCAAAAUGGCUCUGGUGGCGGGACCAACGAGCGAAAUGGCUCUGGAAGUGUAA